AAUCGCAGUAUCCAAAUCAGAACAACAUAAAAUUCGGCAUCGCCACCACCACCACCCUCACCAACUCCGAUCGAUCAUUUUUCACCAGAACCAAUGGCGAAACCCGCAUCCUCAAGCUCCCUCUUCCAAACCCUAAAGCGCUACAUCAAGAAGCCAUGGGAGAUCACGGGUCCCUGCGCUGAUCCGGAGUACAAGUCGGCGCUCCCCGGCGCCCUCGAGUACCGUGUCUUCUGUCCCGCCACCACAAGGGAGAAGGCCUGUGUCCCAACCUCCUUGCCGGAGACAGUGUACGACAUCAAGUACUACAGCCGCGACCAGCGCCGCAACCGACCCCCUAUCCGCCGCACCGUCCUCCGCAAGCCAGAACUCGAGAAGAUGAAGAAAGAGAAGAUUUUCUCGCCGUCUGACUUCCCUCCGGUUUACCUUAACACCACAAUCGAGGAGGACAUGGAUGCCAUCGGCGGUGGAUAUCAGAAAUAGGUGUUCUUACCGUUGCCCCCCCUUUUUUUUUGGGUUGGUGCUACCAUGAGAUGACAUUAUUAUCCGGUCAACUUUUCUGUUUCUGUCAAUGGAAAUUAUCAGAAUAGUCUUUGCAUAAUGUUCUACCAUUAAAGAGCGUGUAAGCUUUUCAUAUCAAUAAAGGGUAGCUGGCUGCAGUUAACUUUGAACAUUUGUUUACUUAUUUCUGAACCUUGAAUCAAAACGUAAAUUACAUCUGUGACUUGAUGAUGCCUUGUAAUUCUCUCCUGAUUUUACCUUUUAAUGAAAAGCUUUUUGUUCUGA